CACGGAAGUACGCGGGAAACGUCUGCUUGUCUUCUGCGGUUAAAAGAAGUGUCUUGAGAUGAGACCAACGGUGGUUUUAACGUGUUCAGUCCUAUUUUACUAUCUGGAGAUUGUACAUUCCCGAGGUGUCCAUGGAAAGCAAGAAUGGCCGAUUCCUUACAGGCGAUUUGAUUAUCGACCCGCUGCGGACUCGUACUGUGAAGCCAUGUUCCCCUUCUGCCCCACCGGCGACAGGGAUGGUCGGAUCCCCUACAUGAAUAACUGGGAUGUCAUCUCGCUAUUUCGAAUGCAAGCUCCAGUGUGGGAGUUUAAAUAUGGAUCAUUGCUGGGGAAAAUGCAUAUCAUGCAUGAUGCCAUUGGGUUCAGCAGUGCUGAAACGGGGAGAAACUACACCAUGGAGUGGUAUGAACUCUUCCAGCUGGGCAACUGCACCUUCCCUCACCUGAGACGUGAGACUAACAACCCCUUCUGGUGCAACCAGGGCGCUGCAUGCUUCUUUGAGGGGAUUGAUGACGUCCACUGGUCUGAGAAUGGCACCUUGGAGAAAGUGGGAGAGAUCUCAGGUGGCCAGUUCAACGAGAUGGCCUUGUGGGUCCAGGGCGACAACCAGACUGGGAUUUAUUAUGAGACGUGGACGGUCCGCUCAGACCCCGGCCCCAACGCCACCGUGUGGUUUGACUCCUACGACUGCUCCCAGUUCGUCCAUCGCACCUACAGGUAUCUUACUCAGCAGGGAGCCAAGCUGUCCAGCCGAUCCCAGACCAACUACACUAAGAUCUACCUGUACAGUGGGGAGCCGACCUACUUGGGGGACGAUGAUUCUAUCUUCCGGGAGCCUUCUGCGAAGACCCUGGCCGACGACAUCCGCAAGUUCUAUCACCCUUUCCGACCUCACCAGUCGUACAUGGACUUUGUCCUCAGUCUUGCGGAGGCUUAUCAGAAGGUGGUAGAGGAGAAGAGCUUCUACUUGUACUAUAACUUUGAAUAUUGGCACUUACCCAUGAAAUCUCCGUAUGUGCAGAUCACGUACGAGGAAGUGCCUUUGCCGUAAGGCCACAAUUUGUAAUUGGGUUAUCAGCCAAACGGCAGCCGAGCCACUUCUUUGCAAUAAAGCUGAGGGAUGGGGCUGGAAAAUGUUACCACUCAGUCAGAUGGAGCUAUGGAUUGAAGGACUAUCGUUAAUUGAACUUGCCAUUCAUUGAACAGCAAUUUAACUCUGUCACAUGCGCCGAAUACAACAACUGUAGACCUUGAUGCUUACCUAGAUGCUUACUUACAAGCCCUUAACCAACAGUGCAGUUCAAGAAAGACUUAAGAAAAUAUUCAGCAAAUAAACUAAAGUAAAAAGUAACACAAAAUAAAAAUGAGGCUAUAUACAGGGGGUACCGGUAAUUUGUACAUUGAGGUAGGGGUGAAGUGACUACGCAUAGAUAAUAAACAGCGCGUAGCAGCAGUGUACAUAACAAAUGGAGGGGGGUGGGGUCAAUGUAAAUAGUCCGGUGGCCAUUUGAUUAAUUGUUCAGCAGUCUUAUAGCUUGGGGGUAGAAGCUGUUAACCUCUUGGCGCACGGAUCCCUUUAACGGGAUCAUUUUCGUAAAAAAACGCUGAAUUGCAGUGCCAAAUAAAAAAAUAUAUAUAUUUAUUUUUUAUUUUCAUGAAAUCACAAGUGAAAUAUACCAAAACACAGCUUAGCUUGUUGUUAAUCCACCUUUCGUGUCAGAUUUUGAAAAUAUGCUUUACAGCCAAAGCAAUCCAAGCGUUUGUGAGUUUAUCGAUCACUAGACAAAACAUUACGAACAGCUAUCAGCAAUGUAGAUUGGUCACGAAAGUCAGAAAAGCAAUAAAAUUAAUCACUUACCUUUGAUCUUCGGAUGUUUGCACUCACAAGACUCCCAGUUACACAAUAAAUGUUCCUUUUUGUUCGUUAAAUAUUAUUUUUAUAUCCAAAAACCUCCAUUUGGUUGGUGCGUUAUGUUCAGAAAUCAACAGGCUCGAGCGGUCAGGAAGGGCAGACAAAUUCCAAAUAGUUUUCGUAAAGUUCGUAGAAACAUGUCAAACGUUUUUUAUAAUCAAGCCUCAGGUUGUUUUUAACAAAUAAUCGAUAAUAUUUCAACCGGACGGUAAACUAUACAAUAAAAGCGAAAGAAAAUGUCGAGCUACAACUUUCGCGCGCAUGAACUAAUCGAAGGACAGUCAGCUAUCCACUGACGCGUUUUGAUAAAUCUCGCUUAUUUUUCAGAAUAAAAGCUUGAAACUAUGUCUAAAGACUGUUCACACCCUGAGGAAGCCAUAGGAAAAGGAAUCUGUGGGACCUUUUUUUUUUUUAGAUAGACAGGUGUGUUACCUUACAAAUCAUGUCCAGGCAAUUGAAUUUACCACAGGUGGACUCCAAUCAAGUUGUAGAAACAUCUCAAGGAUGAUCAAUGGAUGCACCGGAGCUCAAUUUCGAGUCUCCUAGCAAAGUGUCUGAAUACUUAAAUAAGUUAUUUGUUUUUUAAUGUUUUUAUUUAUAAUACAUUUCAAAUAACCUGUUUUUGCUUUGUCAUUAUGGGUUAUUGUGUUUAGAUUGAGGGGAAAAACUUAUUUAGUCAAUUUCAGAAUAAAGCUGUAACGGAACAAAAUGUGGAAAAGUCAAAGGGUCUGAAUACUUACAGUCGAAGUUUACAUACACUUAGGUUGGAGUCAUUAAAACUCUUUUUUUCAACUACUCCACAAAUGUCUUGAUAACAAACUAUAGUUUUGGGAAGUCCGUUAGGACAUCUAUUUUGUGCAUGACACAAGUAAUUUUUCCAACAAUUGUUUACAGACAGAUUAUUUCACUUAUAAUUCACUGUAUCACAAUUCCAGUGGGUUAAAUGUUUACAUACACUAAGUUGACUGUGCCUUUAAACGGCUUGGAAAGUUCCAGAAAAUUAUGUCAUGGCUUUAGAAGAUUCUGAUAGGCUAAUUGACAUAAUUUGAGUCAAUUGGAGGUGUACCUGUGGAUGUAUUUCAAGGCCUACCUUCAAACUCAGUGCCUCUUUGCUUGACAUCAAUGGGAAAUCAGCCAAGACCUCAGAAAAUAAAUUGUAGACCUCCACAAGUCUGGUUCAUCCUUGGGAGCAAUGUCCAAACGCCUGAAGGUACCACGUUCAUCUGUACAAACAAUAGUACGCAAGUAUAAACACCAUGGGACCACGCAGCCGUCAUACCGCUCAGGAAGGAGAUGAAUUCUGUCUCCUAGAGAUGAACGUAUUUUGGUGCGAAAAUUGCAAAUCAAUCCCAGAACAACAGCAAAGGACCUUGUGAAGAGGCUGGAGGAAACGGGUACAAAAGUAUCUAUAUCCACAAUAAAAUGAGUCCUAUAUCGACAUAACCUGAAAGGCCGCUCAGCAAGGAAGAAGCCACUGCUCCAAAACCGCCAUAAAAAAGCCAGACUACGGUUUGCAACUGCACAUAGGGACAAAGAUCAUACUUUUUAUAGAAAUAUCCUCUGGUCUGAUGAAACAAAAAUAGAACCGUUUGGCCAUAAUGACCAUCGUUAUGUUUGGAGGAAAAAGGGGAAUGCUUGCAAGCCGAAGAACACCAUCUCAACCGUGAAGCACGGGGGUGGCAGCAUCAUGUUGUGGGGGUGCUUUGCUGCAGGAGGGACUGGUGCACUUCACAAAAUAGAUGGCAUUAUGAGGCAGGAAAAUUGUGGAUAUAUUGAAGCAACAUCUCAAGACAUUAGUCUGGAAGUUAAAGCUUGGUUGUAAAUGGGUCUUCCAAAUGGACAAUGGCCCCAAGCAUACUUCCAAAGUUGUGGCAAAAUAGCUUAAGGACAACAAAGUCAAGGCAUUGGAGUAGCCAUCACAAAGCCCUGACCUCAAUCCUAUAGAAAAUGUGUGGGCAGAACUGAAAAAGUGUGUUCGAGCAAGGAGGCCUACAAACCUGACUCAGUUACACCAGCUCUGUCAGGAGGAUUGGGCCAAAAUUCACCCAACUUAUUGUGGGAAGCUUGUGGAAGGCUACCUGAAAUGUUUGACCCAAGUUAAAAAAUGUAAAGGCAAUGCUACCAAAUAGUAAUUGAGUGUAUGUAAACUUUUGACCCGCUGGGAAUGUGAUGAAAGAAAUAAAAGCUGAAAUAAAUCACUCCUAUUAUUCUGACAUUUCACAUUCUGAAAAUAAAGUGGUGAUCCUAACUGACCUAAGACAUGGCAUGUUUACUAGGAUUAAAUGUCAGGAAUUGUGAAAAACUGAGUUGAAAUGUAUUUGGCUAGGGGCAUGUAAACUUCCAACUUCAACUGUAUCAAAGACACCUGUUCACCAUCUGCCCUGGCUUGUCUCCCCCGCACCCCCCCCCACCCCCCCUCUAGCGAGAUUUCGCUCGCCUCCAGGCACUGUUGGGGCGAGUGACUGAACUUACAAUGGCUAGCCGCAUGUUGUGCAUUUUGCCAUUUGCCUCGACUCCUGCAUGCUUUGUUGACUCUGAACUUUCUUGUUUACCCUGACCGUGGGACACACUGUUUGUUUCCACACUCGGGACUCUGACUCUAUUGGUUACACUGACUUUUGGCCCCACAUCCUGUUCUAUCCGGCAUUGUAUUUAUGUUACCUGAUAAUUGCUGUAUAAUAUGAUCCUGUUGCCAUCUAAUGCACAUUCAAAUGUCAUAAAUCAACACUGCAGAGCUCUCCCUGUCCUCUACCGUGCCUUGAUUGUAUUACUGUUGAUGAUAUCCGGAAAUGUGCAUGUAUACCCUGGCCCAUCUAUUGUUGGUCGCAGCAAUUCUGACUUGUGCUCUGAUAUGUUUCACUGAUUUCUGCUCUCGUAAAAGCCUGGGUUUUCUGCAUGUUAACACUAGAAGCUUAUUACCUAAAAUGGAUGAAUUGAACGUGUGGGUUCACAGCUCCAAUCAUUACAUUACCGAGAUGUGGUUAAGAGAGUGUUUUGAAUACUGAUGUUAACCUUUUUCAGCAAGACAGAUCUUCCAAAGGUGGGGGAGUGGCAAUCUUUACCAAGGAUCACCUUCAGUGUUCGGUUGGCUCCACCAAGUCUGUCCCCAAACAAUUUGAUUUGCUGGUUUUAAGCAUUAAACUUUCAAAUAGCUCACCGGCCUAUACCCUACCUGCCCUAAGCUCUCUCCUGGCUUCUUACACUAAGUCUGAAUUUGUCCUGCUAAGUGACCUAAACUGGGACAUGCUUAAACCACCUGACCAAGUCCUAAAUCAAUUGGACUCCCUAAAUCUUUCUCAGUAUAUCACCGAUCCCACAAGGUAUGACUCCAAACACCCAGAAAAGGCUACUCCCUUUGACGUUAUCCUCACAAAUAAUCCUGAUAGGUAUCAGUCUGAUGUUUUCUGUAAUGACCUUAGUAAUCACUGUUUUACAGCCUGUGUUCGUAAUGGCUUCUCAGUGAAACAUCCUGUUCUGAUUUGUCAUAAACUUUAAAGAGCAAGCCUUCCUCCACGACAUGGCCUCUGUAAAUUGGUAUAGCUUGAUGUUGUUGUUACUGACAAGAAGCACAUGGCUGAGCUCUUAAUCACCACUUCAAUAAGUCAGGAUUCUUGUUUGACUCCGCUGAUCCUAACUUGCCCGUCCAACAUUUCCUCAUCUGCUACCCUUUCUAAUGCGACUAGCCCCGAUGCUCCUACAGCUUUUCCCCCCUGCCCCGCAACAAAGUUUCUCCCUGCAGGUGGUCACUGAGUUCGAGCUGCUAAAGGAGCUCUUGAAACUUAACCCCCAAAAACCAUCUGGGUCAGAUGGUUUACACCCUUUCUUCUUUAAGGUUGCUGCCCCUAUAAUCGCCACGCCUAUCUCUGACCUUUUUUUUUUUUAACCUGUCUCUCCUCUCUGGGGAGGUUCCCUUUGCUUGGAAGGCAGCCACGGUUAGUCCCUUAUUCAAAGGGGGAGAUCAAGCUGAUCCUAACUGUUAUAGGCUUAUUUCUAUUUUUCCCUGUUUAUCAAAAGUGUUGGUGACCGGCAGUGUCAGCCACUGCCUGUCACCAAGGGUGUACCCCAAGGCUCAAUCCUAGGCCCCCACGCUCUUCUCAAUUUACAUCAACAACAUAGCUUUCUCAUCCAUUUAUAUGCAGAUGAUACAGUCUUGCACUCAACUGGCCCCUCCCUGGAUUUUGUGUUAAACGCAAAGCUUUCUUAGUAUCCAACAAGCUUUCUCUGCCCUUGUUCUGAACACCUCUAAAACAAAGGUCAUGUGGUUUGGUAAAAAUAAUGCCCCUCUUCCAACAGGUGUGAUUACUACCUCUGAGGGUUUAGAGCUUGAGGUAGUCACCUCAUACAAGUACUUAGGAGUAUGGUUAGAUGGUACACUGUCCUUCUCUCUGCACAUAUCAAAGCUGCAGGCUAAAGUUGAAUCUAGACUUUGUUUCCUCUAUCGUAAUUGCUCCUUUUUCACCCCAGCUGCCAAAGUAAUUCUGAUUCAGGUGACCAUCCUAUCCAUGCUAGAUUACAGAGACGUAAUUUAUAGAUCGGCUGUUAAGGGUGCUCUCGAGCGACUAGAUGUUCUUUACCAUUCGGCCAUUAGAUUUGCCACCAAUGCUCCUUACAGGACACAUCACUGCACUCUACUCCUCUGUAAACUGGUAAUCUCUGUAUACCUGUCGCAAGACCCACUGGUUGAUGCUUAUUUAUAAAACCCUCUUAGGCCUCACUCCCCCCUAUCUGAGAUAUCUACUGCAGCCCUCAUCCUCCACACAUUCUGUCAAAGGUCCCCAAAGAGCAGAUACCUAGUCAGUUGUUCAACUGAAUGCCUUCAACUGAAAUGUGUCUUCCACAUUUAACCCAACCCCUCAGAGGUCUGGGGAGAUACCGUAAUUAACAUGCAUGGGGAACAGUGGGUUAAUUGCCUUGCUCAGAGGCAGAACGCCAGAUUUUUUUUUUUUACCUUGUCAGCUUGGGGAUUUGAUUUUGCAACCUUUCGGUCACUGUCCCAACGCUCUAACCACUAGGCUACUUGGACACAUCCCUGGGUUGCUCGUCUUUUCAGUUCGCUGCAGCUAGCGACUGGAACGAGAGGCAACAAACUGGACAGUUUUAUCUCAAUCUCUUCAUUCAAAGACUCAAUCAUGGACACUCUUCUUGACAGUUGUGGCUGCUUUGCAUGAUGUAUUGUCUGUGCCCUGUUUUGUGUUGUCAUGUCCUGUUGCCAUGAUGUGUUUUGUCCUAUAUUUUUAAUCCCAGCCCCCAUGCCUGCAGGAGGCCUUUUGGUAGGCUGUCAUUGUAAAUAAGAAUUUGUUCUUAACUGACUUGCCUAGUUAAAGUGUGUGUGUGAGAGAGAGAGAGAGAGACACACACAAAAUAUACAUGCAAUAUGUUUAAUGAGCUGAAAUAAAACAAAAUCCCAGAAAUAUCA